AUGAAGGAGGACCCCGCUCCCGACGCGAAAUGCCGUGACAAGUUCCUCGUCCAGUCCGUCCUCAUCACCGCUGACAAGGAGUUUGCCAAUGUUGGGUCGCUGUGGACACACAUUGAGCAAACCGCAAAGUCGUCGAUUCAAGAGAAGAAGAUUAGGGUUCUGUUCCUCCCCGCAGAUGACUCGGCGUCCACCCCGGCCAGGACCAACGGGGUCAGCCGCGAUUCCCUCCUCGCAUCCUCUCCUUCGCCUGAAGCCGUCACUCCUCAGCGUGGUGUACCGGAAGCUUCCGGGCCUGUAUCGGUCCCCUCAGAGAGGCCGUCAGGCAGCAAGCAUCUGGGCGAAAUCCAGAACGAGACGUUUAGCUCAGCAUCCACUGGCAGCCUAAGAUCGACCGUCAACGCCGCAGCAGCCAGCGUGUCCAAUGCGCUCCCGAGUACAGCAUCGCUCCAGGCACAGCUCGACGAGGCCAAGGCAGAGAUUGCAAGACUCACGCAACAAGUCAGCGAGAGCGCCGGUCUUCGCCAGCGAAGGGCAGACCCCAGCUCCCGUUCGACAGCGACAACUUCGGCCGCCACUGUGAGCCCGCCCGUGAAUGCGGGAGGCGUACCAGUGCACAUUACGGCUAUCCUGUGUCUUUUGAGCUUCCUCAUCGCAUACUUCCUGUUUUGA